AUGGUUCUCUUAGUUUUCUGGGUGGUUCUAGUGGUGGUUCGACCCGGUGUGGUAGCGUUGCAUCUUCCAAUGCCACUCGAUAAAUGGAAUAUUCACGUGGUUAAUGGAUUGAGUAAUAACGCCACCUUGUUCGUGCAUUGUAAGUCCAAGGAUGAUGAUCUAGGUUACCAUCACCUAAUUGGUCGUGGUGAUGAGCUUCAGUGGACUUUUAGAAUCAACUUCUGGAAAACAACGUUGUACUGGUGUUUCAUGCACAAACCCAAUGCUGAUGUGUCGUUUGACUCAUUCUGGGUUGAGAAGACCCAUAUAUGGCUCACGUAUAGGUGCAAAGAUGGGAUCUGCAUUUGGACUGCUAAAGAUGAUGGAAUUUACUUAAGAAACAUUCCUAAUAAUGAUGAUGAGCUUGUUCAUAAAUGGAACACGAAGCUGUAG